AUGGACCAAUCAAGGCACAGAGUUGUAUACUCACUUUAGCAUUGUGUUUGUUUACAACUUCACGAUGUCGGAAUACGGCAAAGUAAAAAUCGGAAAAUUGAAACUCAAAGGGGAGAAGAGUCGCAAAAAGCACAAGUCCAAGAAAAGAAAAGCAGAGGAGGGUGACGGUGGAAGCAGCGGCACCAGCGCUCCUGAAUUGGACAAGGCCGAUCAUGGAGGCUGGUGGUCCAUUGCAGCUCUUCAUCAGAUCAGUGGAAGUGUAGCUGUACAGCUUGGUAGCACUCCAAUAUAUGUAAGAGCUUUAGACAAUGGUUUAUUCACGGCUGGAGCUCCACAUGACCAAGGUGAUGGACCAUCCCCUGAAGAAGUGCUGACAGCAGUACCAGCAGGAGAUGACCGAAUUGCCUUCAAAUCCGGGUACAAUAAGUAUCUUGGUGUUGAUGGAGCUGGACGUGUGGUGGGGCGAGCAGAUGCCAUUGGCCCUCGGGAAAUGUGGCAGCCUGUCUUCCAGGAAGGGAAAACAGCAUUACUUGCAGCAAAUGACUGUUUCUUGGGCCUAGACGAUGACGAUAAUGUUGUAGCUGUCAGUACUACUGCAGGAUCAGACCAGAUGGUGAACAUCCGCUCCAGUACUCUUAGGGAAUGUGACAAACCCAAAGAAAUUCCUGAAGAAGAACGUGGAAAGCUGCUUGAUGUUGAGGUCAAUUAUGUGAAGAAGUUCCAGAAAUUCCAAGACAAACGCUUGAAAAUUAACAAGGAAGGUGUGGCUGAACUGCGCUCUGCACGUACUGAGGGCAAACUGCAUGAAACUCUCCUGGAUCGCAGACAGAAGAUGAAGGCUGACAGAUACUGCAAAUAAGAAUUAUAUAGGGAACUUGAAGGACUUUUAUGUUUACAUUAGAAGUACUGGCAGGAUUUAAUGCCAAAAUUAUUAGAAAUUAUAUAUGAGCUCCUUUUUUGUACACUAAGAAGAAAUACAAUAACAGUCAAAGUACAAGAGAUCUACAGUUUGUUUUAUGACAAAUGUCAGUUAUUAAUGAUGUAAUUCAAUAUAUAACUUUUAUGUAUGUAUUUCAAUAAAAAUAAUUCUUUUAAUAA